AUGGCUGACCAAGUCUUGCGGGAUGAUGAAGCCCAGCGAGUCCAGUGGAUCCCUCCUGGCAGAGCUGAAGAUCAGGAGACCCACGCAGCGGGCCAGGAUCCCAGCACCAUUCACAGACCCCGUACGUCCCCCGCACCUCCUGCGGCGCCGUGCUUGGUCUGGCGCUUUCCCCCCUCUGCCCUUUUGCUCUCCUUCUCAUCCGCCCUGGGGCCAUCACGGAGGGGUGCCUGGGUGUCCCUGGGCAGCAAGGGGGAGCACCCCCCAAAACCCCACACGGAGGAGUACCAGGGCGAGCUGGAGUGGCUGGCGCAGAAGCUGCACGCCCUUCUGCCCUCCCCGCUGCUCAGCAUCACCGUGCCCCCCACGCAGGCCGUGACACCGGAGCCGGCAACACCCCGCCACGGGAGCCCACCCCCGCCCCGGCCGGACCCGGCAGACGUCGACGCCCUGGUGCCCACGCACGACGAGCACGGCCGCCCCAUCCCCGAGUGGAAGCGGCAGGUGAUGGUGCGGCGGCUGCGGGCCCGCCUGGCAGCAGACGACACCCCGGGAGGCGAGGUAGGGCGCGAGGGCCAGCGGGGCCUGGGCACGUGGUGCUUCUCGCCGGCCUGCGACGCCAUGCUGGGCCCGUUCGGGGAGCUGCUGACCGAGGCGGACCUGGCACAGCUGGAGUGGCAGGUGGAGAGCCUGCGCCUGCGGCGCCGGGGCGAGAAGUACCAGGGCGAGCUGGAGCGGCUGGCGCAGGAGCUGCGCGCCCUCCUGCCCUCCCCGCUGCUCAGCAUCACCGUGCAGAGCCCACCGCCGGCACCGGGCCAGCCGCUGCCCCUCUGGUGCGGCCGCCUGGCUGGAGUGGUGAGCAGCCUGGCCCUGCUGCUGGCCAACGCCGAGGGGACCCGGGCCGGGCCAUCCCCGCCACCCGCCGCCCCCGCCCAGCCCCGGGCCCCCACUGGCAGCGUGGCCCAGCGGGAGAUCCGGCAGUGCGGUGUCUCCGUCCGCAGCCUCCGUGGCGCCUUCGAGGCCCCAGCGCCCGGCCCAGCCUCGGGGACCCCGGCGGCGGCAGCGGGGCAGUGCGGGAACAGGGAUGCAGGACCAUCUCGGGAGGCGCCACAUGGCCUCAGAGAGCUGGCUGGAGGGGAAAGCGAGUCUGGCGGUACGGGGGCAGCCAGUGACUCAGGGAUCAGCUGCGAAGAAGGGCUUUCCGACGCCAGUGGGUCGCCGGUGCCGGUGCUGGAGUCGGCGAGCCUCAGGAAGGAGCGGAUCGUGAUGCUCUUCCUGAGCCACUGGAAGCGAUCUGCCGAGAGCCCAUCCCUGCGUGCCGUGGCCAGGAAAACGCUGGAGUCCCAGCGGGCCCAGAGGGAGGGCACUGGGGGCCCCAAAGCGGAUGAGGCGUCCGCGGAAAAGACACCGGGAGAGAUGACCAAAGCAGGCCACUUGGUCCUUCAGAGAAAUGCCAUCCAGGAGCUCAUCAGCACCUGGAAGGACGUUGCCUCCUACGGCCCCGCACAGCAGCAGCAGCGUGGCACCUACUCCCCAGAGCAGUUCCUGCCCCACGUCGAUGGAGCGCCAGUUGACUACGACAGCCUCACACUGGACCUCUUCAUGCUGGGCUAUUUCCGCAUCUUGGAGCAGGACCUUUCCCCAGAAGAGCGCCGGGGCCGGCACCUGCUCUGCUUCGAGGUGUUUGACCACCUGGGCCGGCACAGCUGGGAGGCAGUGCGUGCCUUCCACCGGGCCGUGACAGAUGAGAUCGACGCCGGCCGGAGAGGCUGGAAAGACAGCUUCGAAGAUAUCAAGGCAAGGUAUUUUGGCAGCACCAAGGGCUCUGUGUGCUGGCUGGGGUCGGGCCGGGGCAUCACGGGAAGCCCUCGGCAGCCGGCGGCCAGCACGCUGGCACAGAACCCACCGCCCCGGCAUCACCCGGGCUGCGGGGCCGCUCUCGCUGGUGUCAGCAACGAGGAGAUUUGCAGGUACAUCGACCGCAGCUUCGCCUUCUGGAAGGAGAAGGAAGCGGAGAUCUUCAGCUUCGAGGAGUAAGGCUGGCAGCCCUGAGGUGCCGGGUCUGCAGCGCUGCCCCAGGGGUGGCUGGGGCAGUUUCAAAGGCAAAAACUGCCUCGACGGUGGGGGGUAUUUCCCCUGCCGUGCCUUUCCCGCACGGAAGUAAAUGGGCAGAAAAACGACUCUGAGACACCUUCAUUCUCACAAGAGGGCUGGGCACCAGCAGGGACCUUCUCUGAGGCACUCCAGAACUACAGGCUCCCAGGGAUUUAGGUACCCCCUGCUUUCAGGGCCUUUAGCAGCCUUUCCUAGACUGCUGCUUUUCCUGCUAUUUUGGUUUUUUGCAAGGCAGACAGCAGAUGAAGCGCUCGCCAUGAGAUGGCUGGCAGGAAGAGGGAAGAGGCCGUGGUUUACAUCUGCGUAUUUUCUACCAGAGCUCCUUCUCCCAUAUCCUUUUUCUCCCACUGCCUUUUGCAAAGGGCUCAGU